CGAGUCUCUUUCUCUAAAAGUUUCGAUACAUAAAUCUUCAACGAUUCUCUUUCUUGUUCUCCUGGUUUUUGUCGAUUUUGGCUUCUCUUCCUGUUCUUUCUUAGGGUGAAAGAACUGGAAGAAAGGAAGCAAUCUCUUUGCCUUAUCUUUGUCUGUCGUUGCCGAAUUUCUACAAGUAUUCUCCUUCUCCAGGCUUUUCCAGUUGGUGAAAAUGCCAGGGAUUCAGUUGGGGGCUCACACAGUAAAAUCCCAUGGGGUUAAAGUGGCGAGGUUGCAUAUGCAUGACUGGCUAAUACUUCUACUUCUUGUGGUGAUAGACGUGAUUUUGAAUGUUAUAGAACCGUUUCACCGCUUUGUUGGGGAGGACAUGUUGACUGACCUGAGCUACCCAUUGAAAAGCAACACUGUACCCUUUUGGGCUGUUCCAAUGAUUGCAAUAAUUUUACCUUUUGUUAUCAUUCUUGCAUACUACUUUUGGCGAAGGGAUGUGUAUGAUUUGCACCAUGCCUUACUGGGUCUUCUAUUUUCUGUGUUGUUGACUUCAGUUCUAACGGAUGCAAUUAAAGAUGCCGUUGGUCGGCCACGACCUGAUUUCUAUUGGCGCUGUUUCCCUAAUGGAUUGAAGACGGUUAAUAAUGUUACAAUGGGUGUUAUUUGUCAUGGAGACGCGAGUGUCAUUAAGGAAGGCUACAAAAGUUUUCCAAGUGGGCAUACUUCAUGGUCUUUUGCUGGUCUUGGUUUUCUUGCAUGGUAUUUGUCAGGGAAACUUAGAGCAUUUGAUCGUAAGGGCCAUGUUGCAAAACUCUGCAUUAUUUUCCUUCCCCUGCUUUUAGCUGCGCUUGUGGGAAUAUCUCGAGUUGAUGACUAUUGGCAUCACUGGCAAGAUGUAUUUGCUGGAGGUCUUCUAGGUCUAGUGGUAUCUUCAUUUUGCUAUCUGCAAUUUUUUCCACCCCCAUAUGAUCCAGAAGGAUGGGGACCUUUUGCAUAUUUUGAGAUGUUGGCUGAUUCUGCUCAGAAUGAUGAAUCCUCAUCCAACAGAAACAACUGUCUUGGUGUUACCAACUGUCUUGGAGUAGGACCAUCUGAGAUAGAGACUGUUUAUAUGCAAUCUGAUGGGGAGACAGGAAUUGGCUUAAGGGAAACAAAUCCAAUGCUGGACAGCAUGGAGGCUGGAAGAAGACGUUAAUCUUGAUUUGGGAAUGUGAUAAUAUGUACCUGACGAUUUUGUAGAAAGUUCGAAUGUCACACUUGCAUCUGUGUAUUGAAACAUGAAAUGUGUUAUAGUGUAGGUAUGAGUAGUGGUGCUUUUUAGACAA